AAAAAAAAAGAAGAAUGGUAUAGCUCUUUCCAUUGUGAAGUCAAGCACUGAGCUACAACGGAACAAUCAUGAUAAUGAUAAUAUGAAUAUUUGUUGAGUGAUAGCAGUGUAUACCACAUUACCUCAUCACCCCUCCUCAGCAGGAAUAUCAGCUCCUUCAGGAAGCUUUUCCUGAUUCCUUGUGCCUGCUUCAGACACAUUACAGGACUCCAUAAAUCUCUGCGCAUAUCUGCACCACUUCUCUUGCCAGCUUGUGUGUUAAUUAUUAAUAGCUGUUUGGGUGUCUGUCUCCCACAAGGAAUCGUCAACUACCACAAUAGAGGAAUAUAUAGAAUUCUGUGGAACACAGCUGGGAGAAUAGGCAAAUUUGCUCAAAGAAUUUCAAAAAGCUGUAGAAAAGAAGUGACCUUUUAACCCGGAUCCAAAGAGAUGAGUAGAGAUUUGUCAUAGGAAGGGAGGAGUAAAGGGCAUUUCAAGUAGAUCAAAUGCAUGAUGUAUUUGUCAGUCCAUAAGGCUUAUGGGGUCCUCCCACAUCCAGGCACUUUGCUAGUGCUAACAGUAGACAGAAGAUAGAUUUGGCUGGAAGGUGGAGUGUGGGGGAGGAGGUAAUGGGGGUGAGAACGGGGAGGUGAGUUAUUACCACAGGUAAAGAACCUUGUGGAACUAGCUAAGGAGACAGUCCUUUUUUGCCUGGAGGCCAAGGGAGGCCUCUGAAGGAUAUUAAGGAGGAAGAGCCAGGAUUUCUGAAUUUACCUUGAAUACAGACAGGAGGAUGUUGCCUAAGGAACAGCAGAGAUCUUGUCUCAUCUUCUGAGAGGUGCCUGCUGCUGCUGUGUACACUUGAGCGCUCCCAGAAGUCUCCUGAAAGACUUACAUCGCAAAUCUGCAAUGAGCCAAGCCCUUGGCUGGGCCUCCACUUCAGCCUAGCAAACAAAACUCCAUCCCUGCCCUUUAGCCACUCACGCCAAGUUUAAAAAUGGGUGAAGAACGGUGGGUCUCCCUCACUCCAGAAGAAUUUGACCAGCUGCAGAAAUAUUCAGAAUAUUCCUCCAAGAAGAUAAAAGAUGUCUUGGCUGAAUUUCAUGAGGGUGGGAGCCUCAAACAGUAUGACCCACAUGAGCCAAUUAGCUAUGAUGUCUUCAAGCUGUUCAUGAGGGCAUACCUGGAGGUGGACCUUCCCCAGCCACUGAGCACUCACCUCUUCCUGGCCUUCGGUCAGAAGCCCAGACAGGAGACCUCUGACCACCCGACGGAGGGGGCCAGCAACAGCGAGGCCAAUAGCCCAGAUACUAAUAUACAGAAUGCAGAUAAUGCCACCAAAGCAGAUGAGGCCUGUGCCCCUGAUACUGAAUCAAAUAUGGCUGAGAAGCAAGCACCAACUGAAGACCAAGUGGCUGCAACCCCCCCGGAACCCCCCGUCCCUCGGUCUUCAAGCUCGGAAUGCCCUGUGGUGUACCUGAAGGAUGUUGUGUGCUACCUGUCCCUGCUGGAGACGGGAAGGCCUCAGGAUAAGCUGGAGUUCAUGUUUCGUCUCUAUGAUUCAGAUGAGAACGGUCUCCUGGACCAAGCGGAGAUGGAUUGCAUUGUCAACCAAAUGCUGCAUAUUGCCCAGUACCUGGAGUGGGAUCCCACAGAGCUGAGGCCUAUAUUGAAGGAGAUGCUGCAAGGGAUGGACUACGACCGGGAUGGCUUUGUGUCUCUACAGGAAUGGGUCCAUGGAGGGAUGACCACCAUCCCAUUGCUGGUCCUUCUGGGGAUGGAUGACUCUGGCUCCAAAGGGGAUGGGCGGCACGCCUGGACCAUGAAGCACUUCAAGAAACCAACCUACUGCAACUUCUGCCAUAUUAUGCUCAUGGGCGUCCGCAAGCAAGGCCUGUGCUGCACUUACUGUAAAUACACUGUCCACGAACGCUGUGUGUCCAAAAACAUUCCUGGUUGUGUCAAAACGUACUCAAAAGCCAAAAGGAGCGGCGAGGUGAUGCAGCACGCAUGGGUGGAAGGGAACUCCUCCGUCAAGUGUGACCGGUGCCACAAAAGUACCAAGUGCUACCAGAGGGUCACCGCGCGGCACUGCGUGUGGUGCCGGAUGACGUUUCACCGCAAAUGUGAAUUAGCAACGUUGUGUGACGGUGGGGAACUCAGAGACCACAUCUUGCUGCCCACCUCCAUAUGCCCCAUCACCCGGGACAGGCCAGGUGGGAAGUCUGAUGCCUGCGUAUCCGCCAAGGGUGAACUUGUCAUGCAGUAUAAGAUCAUCCCCACCCCGGGUACCCACCCCCUGCUGGUCUUGGUGAACCCCAAGAGUGGAGGGAGACAAGGAGAAAGAAUUCUUCGGAAAUUCCACUAUCUGCUCAACCCCAAACAAGUUUUCAACCUGGACAAUGGGGGGCCUACUCCAGGGUUGAACUUUUUCCAUGAUACUCCAGACUUCCGUGUUUUGGCCUGUGGUGGAGAUGGGACAGUUGGCUGGAUUUUGGAUUGCAUUGAUAAGGCCAACUUUGCAAAGCAUCCACCAGUGGCUGUCCUGCCUCUUGGAACAGGAAAUGACCUUGCCCGCUGUCUCCGCUGGGGAGGAGGUUAUGAAGGGGGCAGCUUGACAAAAAUCCUGAAGGACAUUGAGCAGAGCCCCUUGGUGAUGCUGGACCGCUGGCAUCUGGAAGUCAUCCCCAGAGAGGAAGUGGAAAACGGGGACCAGGUCCCAUACAGCAUCAUGAACAACUAUUUCUCCAUUGGUGUGGACGCUUCCAUUGCACACAGAUUCCACGUCAUGAGAGAGAAACACCCUGAAAAAUUCAACAGCAGGAUGAAGAACAAGCUGUGGUACUUUGAAUUUGGUACCUCGGAGACUUUUGCAGCAACCUGCAAGAAACUGCAUGACCACAUUGAGUUGGAGUGUGAUGGGGUUGGGGUGGACCUGAGCAACAUCUUCCUGGAAGGCAUUGCCAUUCUCAACAUUCCCAGCAUGUACGGAGGCACCAAUCUCUGGGGAGAAAACAAGAAGAACCGGGCCGUGAUCCGGGAAAGCAGGAAGGGUGUCACUGACCCCAAAGAACUGAAAUUCUGCGUUCAAGACCUCAGUGACCAACUCCUUGAAGUGGUGGGGCUAGAAGGAGCCAUGGAGAUGGGGCAGAUCUACACCGGCCUGAAGAGUGCAGGCAGGAGGCUGGCCCAGUGCUCCUCUGUCACCAUCAGGACAAACAAGCUGCUGCCAAUGCAAGUGGAUGGAGAACCCUGGAUGCAGCCAUGUUGCACGAUUAAAAUUACUCACAAGAACCAAGCGCCCAUGAUGAUGGGGCCUCCCCAGAAGAGCAGCUUCUUCUCAUUGAGGAGGAAGAGCCGUUCAAAAGACUAAACAGUGUGCCAAACACCAGCUAAACCAAGAGAGAAAACAAGAAACUAUAAUGCACACUCACACACACAUUUAUGUGCACACUCACAUGCACACACACGCACACACACGCACACAUACACACUCUUCUCUAACCAGUGGAAGCAAAGCCACCCUUCGGGAAGAAAACGUCACCUUGCCAUAGAUUCUAUUUCAACAGUGGGUACACCCCUAACAGAGCCAGUGCCAACAAAACAUUUUGAAUGGACUUAGGGCCCGUGAGGGCUCAUGCAGCAACCUCCACAUUCCCACAGGCCUCGAGUAGAAUUUUCUGAGACUGAAGAGAAAUCCCCCUUUCUUUCUACCAGCCCUGCAAGUUUCCUCAUGGACGCUUGCGAGGGGCAGGCUGCAGGUUUCCUGCCUAUAGUGAGAUCGGAUGUGGCCAAGGGAAAGAGCUCUGGUUCCAGAGAAUUUGCACAAAGGUCCCUCUGUACAGAGACAAAACAGCCUCCAGCUCUCAGAGCAUAAUCCUUGGCAGGGCUCAGCAGGCGCACGUUGGUUUCUUGGUCGUCCUUUGAGUGAUAACUUCUCCCUCAGCCUGCUGAGGAGGCAGAAAGGCCGCGGAAGGCUGUAUUUCCAUUCCGGGGUUUCUGCACCAUCAGUGGGCACUUGUUAUGUUCCCGGAGCCUUCUCCUGGUGGCUGUAUGUUUGUUUAGAGGUGGCUCCAAGAGCUCCCAGAGCUGCCUGCACAGCACACCUUAGAUGUGGUAUUUAUUUUCUUAGUUCUGUGAACACCUGGGAGGGAAAGCAGAGAAACUGGGAUUUAUUUUUCAAAUUGGUGUCAUAAUAUUGUGUAAAAAGGGAAGAAAAAAAAAAAACCACCCCCAGCUUCUUUCUUUUUCAAGCCAAAGCGUGUUUCCUGUUUGAGUUCCAAGCCCUGGUGGCAGACUAUUCCUGAAGGCAGAAAAGAUGGGAAGGAAGGAACUUUGCUGGGGAAACCGGGAGAUGGUUCCCUCCUGCUUCUUUGCACUCACCACUCCCAGAGUAUGACCUGAAGGACCUUCUGAUGGUCUUACGUGUGUAUGUAUAUAUAUGUUUAGCCUAUAUAUAUUUAUAUAUAUAAAUAUUUAUUUACUGACGGACUUUUCCUGAUUGGAAAAAAUAACAGAGGUAGUAUGAGACAGAAAGUGGUAAGGAAAAAAAAGGUUCUUACUCCCCCACUCCACUGUUUCAUUAUCAGGACGCAUCUCCCUGCGGUGAUCACAAGGGUUAAGAGGAAUGAAAGUAGCUCCCUACUUUCAUGAAGAGACUGAGAGCUCCUAUUCUGGAUCUUCAAAACAAACAUGAAAGACUUGCUGGGCUGGAUUUACUCUGCCAUUUGUCAGAUAAGAAAAUUGAGUCUCAGAAAAGUUCAGAGACUUUUCCAUGGUGUCUUGGCUAAUGCAGCUUGAGAGUAGGUGCCGUUACAAAGAUAUUUAAUGGAGAAAAGAACCCAUGCAUCUCAGAGUAGGGUCAUCUCCGGUCACUGAAAAGUGAUUCCACUUGGAUCCAGGUUGCCAGGGAGGAACAAACGUACAGCACAUGCGUGGACGGGAUAUGCCCACACAAGAAAAUGAGUGCCUCAUGCUGCUUCCCAGAGGUUCUCUCUGGCCUGAAUGGAAAAGAAGUUGGUCUGAGGUCAAAGGUACUAAACAGAUCAUCAGAUUGAACUCUCCACAUGUCACCUCAUCAUGGUCAUCAUAGUCUCUUAGUUUGGAAACAACCUUGGCUGCAGGGAUGACCUCAGUGGAGAGUCGCAAGGAGGACUGAGGCAUCUUCUGCAAGAUACUGCCAGCCAGGACAGAGGGGUCUCAGCAGAGCUCAGUGGGCCUCAUUCAGCAAGUGCCAGCAUUACCAUCCUUUCCCAAAGGCAAGGCCGCUCAGCGCUUCACUGGGCCUCCAUCCCUCUCUGAGAUUUCUCAGUGGAAACUUGGACCCAUUUAAUAGCACUCCACUGAGCUGCCUCUAAUCUCCUUGCAUUGGACAGGAGCUUUGGACAAGGAAGGGAAUAUUAAGAUUGUGUGUACAAAUGGCACUUAACUGUGAAGGACCAUCUAGGAGCAAGAUCUAAGACCAUUCUGCUCAACCUAAUAGUGCAGAAUGCUGACUAAGGGGAAAACCAGGCCACCUGAAGUAUAUCUUUAAUGAUGGUAUUCUUGGUGAUGGGACCAACAAGCUCCAGAAUUACUACAGGUACUAUCUUGGAAGCCACUUGAUUCUGAAACUGAGGCAGGUUCAGGUUUGGGGUCACUGAUUCUAAGACAUUUACAGAAGUUCAGGCAUGUGUUUCAGUCAAGUUCCCCCAAGAUUGAGACUAUUGAGACAUGGCACUAUCAACAGGUGAAAUUGAUUCUCAGAGACUCACAAGUCUCAUGAAGGGGCUGUGCAGAAAAUGGCCCUUACCUGCUGUACCCUAGUGCACAGGACUUGCAAUGUUGCUUGAGAGACAUAUCCCAAGUCCUUCUUAGAGGCAUGGAGUAUAACAACUUCAGUGGAAUUGCACUUCCAAUUUGGUAACCUUAGUAAAUCUUGUGUUGUUUAAUCGUGACUUGCAAAUCAUCCUUUAAACAAUAUGACUGUGGUUUCUUUUUGUGGAGUCCCUCAUCAUAGUGACCCUCAUAACAACCUCUGAGGUUAGCCGAGAAGGUAUUAUUAUCUCAAUCUCAAUGAGAAGAGGUUUAGUGGUUAGUCAGGGGAGAACCUAGUCCCUUAUUUCUUAUUCUGAUUCUGGCCAUGCUACAAACAUGUUCUCACCUGCCCCCCAUGCUUCUACCCCAAUAGCAAUAAAAACUGUAAAGCAGGAA